AUGUUAAAUGUUGGUGAACGGGGUUCCGGUGUUCGUCGGAGACCCGCUGGAUUUGAUCAAAACUUUGAUGAGAUCCGAAACAAAUGCUUAAAACAAAAAAUACUAUUCAGAGAUCCAGAAUUCGACACAUACGAUUUAUCUGUGUCUUAUAGAAAUCUACAAAAAAAUCAGCUUGAGUGGCGAAGACCAAAGGAAAUUACAGACGAUCCCAAAUUUUUCGUGCAAGGAGCUUCAAGAUUUGAUGUGAGGCAAGGACCUUAUUUGGGGGACUGUUGGUUAUUAGCUGCCAUAGCAAAUUUGACUUUGGACGACAAACUUUUUUAUAAAGUAGUUCCUUUUGAUCAAGGAUUCCAUAUUAAUUACGCUGGAAUAUUCCACUUUCAAUUUUGGCAGUUUGGCAGAUGGGUUGACGUGGUUAUUGACGAUCGUUUACCGACUCAUAAAGGAAAGUUAAUAUUUCUUCAAUCAUCAACCAAAAACGAAUUCUGGAGUGCUCUACUGGAGAAAGCUUAUGCUAAAAUAAGCGGUUCAUACGAAGCUUUGAAAGGUGGUUUAACAAUGGAGGCUAUGGGAGAUUUCACUGGAGGAGUGUCAGAAAUAUAUGAUCUCAAUAAAGAACAACAUAAUUUGUUCACGAUUAUGCUAAAUUCAUUUCAACGACAAUCGCUCAUGUGUGGUGGAAUAUUCGAUUCGCAAUUGCCUGAUCCAGACAAAAAAGGGUUAGAAAAAGGUCAUGCAUAUAGUAUUACCAGGAUAACUUAUAUACCUUUACCAACGAGUAAUAGUAUAAUACCACUGAUUAGACUUCGAAAUCCUUGGGGUAAAAGCGAAUGGAACGGCCGUUGGAGUGACAUAUCAGAGGAGUGGUUAAAUAUACCUCAACAAUUAAAACAAUCAAUAGGUCUCAAAAUAGAAGAUGAUGGAGAGUUUUGGAUGCCAUUCGAAGAUUUUGUCAAAUAUUUCUCUGCAUUGGAAAUUUGUCAUUUGAAUCCUGGCUACCUAGACAGGGGACAAUAUGGGGUAAGCGAAGGGACAAAAUGGGAUCUGAGUAUAUUCGAAGGUGAAUGGGUGCGAGGAGCAACAGCUGGUGGAUGUGAUAAAUUUAAAGAAACGUUUUCAAGUAAUCCUCAGUACCAUAUAACAAUAGUAGAUCCCGAUGAAAAUGACAAUAACAAUAUGUGUACGGUAAUUAUUGCAUUAAUGCUCAAGGACACGCGUUGCCAAUCAAAACAGAAAAAAAAAUCAUUAUCAUUUGGAUUUUAUGUUUAUAAUCUCAACACUUCAAAGUCUGUGCCGAAACCGUUGGACACACAUUUUUUUGAAAAUAACGAUCCUUUAGAUAAAGUCCAUUGUUCUGAGUUCAAACCGAGAGAAGUCUGUAAAAGAUUGAGUGUACCUCCUGGUAAAUAUUGUAUUGUACCUUACACGUCUAAUCAGAAUGAACAAGGUGCGUUUUUACUCAGAGUAUUUUCAGAAAAAAAAAAUAAUUUGGCGGAGUUCGACAAUGAAGUAGGAAUGGUUGAAAUUGAUGAUAAGAUAAAAAAGUUGGCACUUGACAGCAAAAAAAGUGACGAUUCAAAUGAAAAAUUAAAAAAAUACUUCCUUAAAGUAGCUGGGAAUGACAAAGAGGUUGAUUGGAUGGAUCUUAAAAAUAUUUUGGAUUUUGCUAUGAAAGAUACUGGAAACACAAAAUUCUCGAAUGAUGUAUGUCGUUGCUUCAUUGCUAUGAUGGAUUGGGAUAGAUCAGGUAAACUUGGUUUUAAAGAAUUCGAGAGACUGUUGAUGGCCAUUAGACAGUGGCAGGUGGUUUUUAAAACUUACGAUAAAAAGAACAAGGGUUAUAUCAAAGGAUUCGAACUAAGACCAGCAUUAAGUUCAGUUGGUUACAAUAUUAAAACACGUACCAUAAACACUAUGUGUCAUCGGUAUGCAAAUAAAAAAGGAUACAUAAACUUCGAUGAUUUCAUCAUGUGUGCUAUAAGACUUAAAACCACAAUAGAUAUCUUUAAAGAACACGAUCCUGGAAAUAAAAAUGUUGUUUCGUUUACACUGGAAGAAUGGGUGGAAAAAACAUUUUACUCGUAA